GGAACUGAAGAGGCGGAUGACUGUACCUGUCAAAGAUUUUAGUUCUUUUCAUUCUGGGGAUUUCAUUGUCAAAGAAGACUAUCGAUCUGGGCGAUAAUGAAAUUUUGCGAUCUAUGUUGGAGAGUGACCUUCUACGAAAUUCCGAUUGCGACGAGGGAUAGUUUUUCGUUGUUUUUUCUUUUAGUUUGUUAAGACGACGUUGGCGCAUAUAAGCGAAUCGGUCGUAAUUUGAUAUAAUUUUCUUGCUUGUUUAAGAUAAUAGGGGUGGAGAAAACAUCUAAGCGAGCAUUAAGAAGCCGAAACCAAUUAAUUAAAAAUUGGACAUACACACUUUAAUAAAAAACAAAUCUCCGCAAGGACUAAAAGUGUUGUCGAGCAGGAGUUCAAUCAUUGCAUGCAGAGAAUGCGAUAAUGCGCUCCCGUAUCCAUCCGCGACGUUUCUAGUGUCAGUUGUCAAAUGACAUGCAAACUAACUUGCGGAGGCUUAGAUGUUCGAACUUUCGGGAUCUUAAAAACCACGCCUAAGUAAAAAUUUUAACAUUUAUUAUGUUGUCUGAUCAAUUUUAUGCUUUGUGUUUUUUUGUAAAAUAUUAACGAUAAUGAUUAAUAAAAGGGUAAAAUAAAGUUUGUUAGCAUCUUCGCGUCUUUUAUUAUAAGUCAACUAGGCCAAAGCAUAUGAGCGGUUGGCUAUAAUUGAAUUUACAUAUCUCCUUCGUAGCUUCGCGAUACUUAAAAAUUUUUAUUAUUAACUUAUUAAUUAAUUUAUUAAUAACGGACUAAACUUCAAGGCAAAACAAAUUAAACAACAUUUUUAAAUAAUAUAAAAAAUGCCAAGUAAAGCACAAUCAUCGACUAAACAGCCUGUGGCCAGUCAUCCGCUCUACCUGAAUGAAGGUCUUAGUUCGAAAAAAACCGCUCUAAUUAUUGUAACGGUUGUCGGAUGUAUCGCUAUACUAUGGCCAAAAGUAUUGUACCCUAUGAUGUUUGGUGGGAGUAAAACGGUGAAAACGGAUUUGAAGGAAACUCAAAGGGGACCGGGCGGCUGUUGUGAAGUGGUACUCAAUAGAGAAGAAUUUUAUAAUGCAACCAUUAAAAAGACAUCAUCGAUAGCUGCAGAGCCCUUUGGGCCGCAACUAUAUCGCAGAAGUUUAAAUAUUUACACAGGCGAAAUAACUAUACGUCAGGAAAGGCCAGUCCAUUUACAUCCGGAUGCUGUGUAUCAAGCAAUGCGUGAACGUGGUCGGGCCAUACCGGCAACACCUACGAUACCAAUUGUCGAUCGGAAAGUAACGCCUAGCAAUCCACCGCCUCGCAUUGUUGAAGGCAGACCUGGUCCCAUACCUGGCAUGCGGCCUCCAUUAGGGGCUGGUGCCAUGCAUCAACCUCAAACUAAAGGCAGUAGCAUGGGCAUUAUAAUGCCUCUUUAUACAAUAGGUAUUGUUGUAUUCUUCGGUUACACUAUCAUGAAGAUAGUUUUCAAGAAGCCUAUGCCGAAUGCACCGUAUGGUCCGGCACCAUCGGAUCCGAAUUUCCGCAAACAAGUUUUCGGCUAUGAAAACGGUAGGCAUCUUGAGGAUCUUAAUAGCUCAAAAUUGGGAUGGCGUGAGCAUCAAACAAGAACUAAUCUGCAUAAACAACCAGAGUCUCAACGGAACGCUUCGUUAAAACAACAGCAACAGCAGCAGCCACAACAACUGCGACAUAGUGCUUUACCUCAGCAACAACAACAACAAAUAUAUAUAACAGCGAGGCUCUUAAAUAAAGAAACUGAACAAUUAAUGGAAAUUGAAAAGUUACGCAGGAAAUUGGAGGACACCGAAAAGGCAAUGGCCAAAUUAAUUGCCGAAAUGAACUCCGACCAAUAUGAAGCGAAGAAAACCCACGAAAAGACGACAACGAACAAAGAAAACAUUUCCAAUGGGCAUGCAAAUGUUGUUGAAACCUCUGGAAUCAAUGCAGACAAAACUAAACACGAUCAUCUGGCAAUUAGUAAUAACAACAAAUUACGUGAAGGCAGCAAUGAACGUACAAUAGCCGUUCUUGGAAUGGAGAUAACGGCUAGUUGUGAAGGCGGACAGAAAUGGUCUGGUCGUCCUCCAACGCCGGUAUUAUUAGUCCACCAUGAACAUUCCAAACCCUUUGAUGAUUAUAUACCAGAACCACAAUCUAUAUAUCUGGAGGGAAUAUUGGCGCAUGAAUCUCAAAUCUUGGUGGCAGAUUCCGAAAUUAAACAGGAAAAAGUUUAUGAUGCUGAACUGAAUGGAUCUGCCGAUGAACCAGCUGUUGUGCUUAGUAGCAAAAUGACUUUAUCUCUAAUUAAUUUGGAUAGCAUAAGCGAUAAACAUGCGAACAAAACUGAUAUUGAAAGUCCAUUGGCUGAUGAUAUCGAGAUCAUAGGACAUGAUGGCAAUUAAUAUUAUUGAAUAAUACGAUGCAAAAUUUUUAUUUUUUUUUUGGUAGAAUUCAUAAAACAAGAAAACAAGAUUGAUUCAAAUAUUUUCAAACAAAUAUAAAUAAGUGAGCGGUAAUUAUUGUUACGUAAAUCCUUUAAUGACAAUCCAGAAUUUCCAUCCAAAGAAAAAUUCCUUGCUAUUUUAUUGCAUAUAAACAUAUACGUAUACGAAUAUAUAUAUGUUGUUAUUGUAUGUCAAUUGUAUUUCAUUCUCAUAAAUUUUAAAUUGUCUGCAUUUGGUUUGUUUUUUAAUUAUUUGUUUAGACAUCAUUUACAUGUCCAAGAUAUCAAAAUAUCCUAGAACAUAUUAUUCUAGUCCUUAUUAAAUUUCGAAACAAUUUCAAUACUUUGUAAAAAUAGCGUUAUGUGCCCAUAGAAUGAAACGAUAAUAAAGAAGUAAUGAUCAAAAAAUAAAUAAAUAAAUAAAAAUUAUAUUAGCAUAAUUUAUGAUACUUUGCUAUUCACCAUUUGAUAAAUAUUGACGAAUUGUCAUGUUUUCAACAUAAACUGCUAUGAAAAUUGAUCGGCAAUAAAUAUAUUUAAAAAUGUAUUGAACAACGUACACCCAGUUUGCCGCGAAAUUCUGAAAUUACGCUAUCUGUACACUGCACCGCUUGCGGUACGUUUGUGCAGGCGUAUGUAGUACCCAGAAAAGCCUUCCUUCUAUUAUACCGAUCAAUUCAAAUCAUGUCUAAUCUUGUCUAUCCGCCUGUCUGUCUAAUGUCUGUCAACGUAUUUUUGUGUUCAGCCUACCAGUCGUAUUUCUCGAUUUGGUAUACUGACGUGUUUUGGUCAAAGGACGAAUCCUAAUGAAAAUCAUCGGUUCGCAUUAGACCACUUUUUAAUCCAAUUGCAAUAUAACGCCUUUUUUUGAUAAGUCAUUGUAAGAAAAAAUAUCGCAACUUUUAAAAUUACUCGACAAAAGU